AACAUUUAACACUUUAUGCUGCCGAAGAGGAGAGUUUUCAUUGAACAAAUUAUUGUACAUGGGGAUUCCCGAACUCUUCCGCUUUCUGAGAAUGUGAGUGCUGUUCAGAAAUUAGACUUUUCAGAUACAAUGGUGCAACAGAAAUUGGAUGAUAUCAAGGAUCGAAUCAAGAGAGAAAUAAGGAAAGAACUGAAAAUCAAAGAAGGAGCUGAAAAUCUAAGGAAAGUUACAACAGAUAAAAAAAGUUUGGCUUACGUAGACAACAUUUUGAAAAAAUCAAAUAAGAAGUUAGAAGAACUACAUCACAAGCUACAGGAAUUAAAUGCACAUAUUGUUGUAUCAGAUCCAGAAGAUGUUACAGAUUGUCCAAGGACUCCAGAUACUCCACAUAGUGACACUCGUUGUUCUACUAGCAACAAUAGAUUGAUGGCCUUACAAAAACAAUUAGAUAUAGAACUUAAAGUAAAACAAGGUGCAGAAAACAUGAUACAGAUGUAUUCAAAUGGCUCUUCAAAGGAUCGGAAACUCCAUGGUACUGCUCAGCAACUGCUCCAGGACAGCAAGACAAAAAUAGAAGUCAUACGAAUGCAGAUUCUUCAGGCAGUCCAGACCAACGAAUUAGCUUUUGAUAAUGCAAAACCUGUGAUAAGCCCUCUUGAACUUCGGAUGGAAGAAUUAAGGCAUCAUUUUAGGAUAGAGUUUGCAGUAGCAGAAGGUGCAAAGAAUGUAAUGAAAUUACUUGGCUCAGGAAAAGUAACGGACAGAAAAGCACUUUCAGAAGCUCAAGCAAGAUUUAAUGAAUCAAGUCAAAAGUUGGAUCUGCUAAAGUAUUCAUUAGAGCAAAGAUUAAAUGAACUUCCCAAGAAUCAUCCCAAAAGCAGUAUUAUUAUUGAGGAGCUUUCACUUGUUACAUCACCAACACUAAGUCCCCGGCAAAGUAUGAUAUCCACGCAGAAUCAAUACAGUACACUGUCCAAACCAGCAGCCUUAACGGGUACUUUGGAAGUUCGUCUUAUGGGCUGCCAGGACAUCCUAGAGAACGUCCCUGGACGGUCAAAGGCAACAUCUGUUGCACUGCCUGGCUGGAGUCCAAGUGAAACAAGAUCAUCUUUCAUGAGCAGAACGAGUAAAAGUAAAAGUGGAAGUAGUCGAAAUCUUCUAAAAACAGAUGACUUGUCCAAUGACGUCUGUGCUGUUUUGAAGCUAGAUAAUACUGUGGUUGGUCAAACUAGCUGGAAACCUAUUUCCAAUCAGUCAUGGGACCAGAAGUUUACACUGGAACUAGACAGGUCACGUGAACUGGAAAUUUCAGUUUAUUGGCGUGAUUGGCGAUCUCUGUGCGCUGUAAAAUUUCUGAGGUUAGAAGAUUUUUUAGACAACCAACGCCAUGGCAUGUGUCUCUAUUUGGAACCACAGGGUACUUUAUUUGCAGAGGUUACCUUUUUUAAUCCAGUUAUUGAAAGAAGACCAAAACUCCAAAGACAAAAGAAAAUUUUCUCCAAACAGCAAGGCAAAACAUUUCUCAGAGCUCCUCAGAUGAACAUUAAUAUUGCCACUUGGGGAAGGCUAGUGAGAAGAGCUAUUCCCACAGUAAAUCAUUCUGGCACCUUCAGCCCUCAAGCCUCUGUCCCGGCUACAGUGCCAGUGGUUGAUGUACGCAUCCCUGAGCUAGCACCAUCAGCUAGUGAUUCUACAGUAACCAAAUUGGACUUUGAUCUUGAGCCUGAACCUCCUCCGGCCCCACCCCGUGCUUCUUCCCUUGGAGACAUAGAUGAAUCCUCUGCAAUAAGGGUUUUGGAUACACCUGGACAGGAUUCAGAAACUGUGUUUGAUAUUGAAAAUGACAGAAAUACUAUACUUCCAAAAUCACAAUCUGAAUAUGAGUCUGAUAUUCCUGAUUCAGGGCUAGGAUAUAGUGGUAUUCGAGAACUUGAGGAGAGAAGAUCUCAACAGAGAUUUCAGUUCAAUCUACAAGACUUCAGAUGUUGUGCUGUCUUGGGUAGAGGCCAUUUUGGAAAGGUGCUUUUGGCUGAAUAUAAACACACAAAUGAGAUGUUUGCUAUAAAAGCUUUAAAGAAAGGAGACAUUGUGGCUCGAGAUGAAGUAGACAGCCUGAUGUGCGAAAAAAGAAUUUUUGAAACUGUGAACAGUGUAAGGCAUCCCUUCUUGGUGAACCUUUUUGCAUGUUUCCAAACCAAAGAGCAUGUUUGCUUUGUAAUGGAAUAUGCUGCCGGUGGGGACCUAAUGAUGCACAUUCAUACUGAUGUCUUUUCUGAACCAAGAGCUGUAUUUUAUGCUGCAUGUGUAGUUCUUGGGUUGCAAUAUUUACAUGAACACAAAAUUGUUUAUAGAGAUUUGAAAUUGGAUAACUUAUUACUAGACACAGAAGGCUUUGUGAAAAUUGCUGAUUUUGGUCUUUGCAAAGAAGGAAUGGGAUAUGGAGAUAGAACAAGCACCUUUUGUGGCACUCCUGAAUUUCUUGCUCCAGAAGUAUUAACAGAAACAUCCUAUACGAGGGCUGUAGAUUGGUGGGGCCUUGGAGUACUUAUAUAUGAAAUGCUCGUUGGUGAGUCUCCUUUUCCUGGCGAUGAUGAAGAGGAGGUUUUUGACAGUAUUGUAAAUGAUGAAGUAAGGUACCCCAGGUUCUUAUCAACAGAAGCCAUUUCCAUAAUGAGAAGGCUGUUGAGAAGAAAUCCUGAGCGGCGCCUUGGAGCUGGUGAGAAGGACGCAGAGGACGUAAAGAAGCAUCCAUUUUUCCGGCUGAUUGAUUGGAAUGCUUUGAUGGACAAAAAAUUAAAGCCGCCAUUUGUCCCUACCAUUAGAGGACGGGAGGAUGUUAGUAAUUUUGAUGAUGAAUUUACCUCAGAAGCACCUAUUCUGACUCCACCUCGAGAACCAAGGAUACUUUCAGAAGAGGAGCAAGAAAUGUUUAGAGACUUUGAUUACAUCGCCGAUUGGUGUUAAUGUACUAGAUACUGUGAAACCAAGCAGACUGUCUCACAAGAAGACCUCUCAAAACAGCAACUCUUCAUUUGCUCUCUGUGCCACCAGUAGCUUCUGAGUUUUUUUUUUUAAAAAAACACAUGAAGAUUUGUUUAAAAGUACUAUUGUAAUACCUUCUUGAAAAGUGGCUCCUUAAUGCUUUUCAACAUAAAUUUGAGCACUGGAAACAGUUUCGUGGAGCUUAGGCUGAAUGAACAUUGGCCUUGAAAAUCCGUCACAGAGGAAUACAGAAUACCUUUGGAUCCAUAGUCUAUUUUUUAAAAAAUAACAAGAAAAAGAACCACUCUUUUGUAGUCCCUGUCUUUGCCAUAAUGCCUGCCUUCAGUGGAAGGAAAAUUAAUCACUUAACUAUGUUUUCAAAAGCAAAACACUAGAGCUUGGAAUGCUAUUUCUGUUCACAUAAACUAUGAUUUUGUUUGACUAAGGCAACUGCUCUUAUUUUUUUAAAGAAAUUACCAUAAUAUCACAAACGUAGUGGCAUUUUAUAUACCUUUGGUGGCUUGACUUUUUUAAAAAAAAGAUGAAUUGAUGUCUUUUAUAAAUUUUCUAUAUUUAUCUGAAGAAAACUUUAUUGCCUUAUCUUUACCAACUAUGUCACAGAGCCUCAUAGCUUUCCAACAGAGCUACUUGCCAAACAGUUUCUUGUUUAGUAAUGCUGAAAUACGAAUGUCAGCAUUUACGUAAAAUGCUAAGACUGAGGACAUCGAAUCAGCCUGAACCAAGAUACUGUGUUACCUGAUGCAUUCCCAAAGUCUAGAAACCCAGUAUGUUCGGUUUUAUCUUCCAAAGUCAGUGAGCUGAUUGUCCCUUUAUCGAUAUGUAUUCUACAGUUAUCAACCUAGUCCAUUUGUUCUUGUGUCUGCUGUAGAAGCAAACUGUAUCUUUGUUAAAUCAUAGGGAUUAUCAUUGUAUACAUGCUAUGACAUGUAUAUGUGAAAGUUGUAAUGUAUUCUGUAAUGUAGGCUUCUUAUUUAAUUCCACCACUUCAUCACUUUCGUACAGUGGCCAAGCAGACACCUCAAACUCCAGCAUUUACAUUAAGUGCAUUUGUAUAUUUUAGGCCACUGGAUCCAGAUUUUAUAUUGGCAGUUACUGAGGGCAAAAGCAAUAUAUUGUAACAGAAUGUAUAAAUAUUUUUGAUAAAACAGUCUAUAUUUUAUAAAAAAAAAUAUUAUAACACUAAAGCUGUACCUCAAAAGUCUCAAAUAAUUUGAUCAAAUACUUUUUACAAUUCUUCAGGAGGAUCCGUUUGUGGCUUUUAACACUCUUACAGUAUAUGUUUUACAAAUCAUGACUUUCCAUUUGCUUGGACUUUUUGUUUUAUUUUGCCUUUUUUUUUGCCCUCCUGGUCCAUGUCUUAAUUGUUUUCUCUUAAUAACAUCUUUGAUCCUGUGCUUAGCGUGUUAGGGUCAUUAUACCUCAGGAAUAACCAGCUGUUAACUAACCAUGCUGAAUUAACCAUUUAAUCACAGUGAGCUCAUCUCUUUAAAAUUAUUCAUUUAGAUCUUAUGAAAAUAGAGUGAUUUGUGGAGAGUUGAGCUUAAAGCAUUUAUAAAUAUUUCGGCCUUGUUAGGAUGUGUUAACCUGUAUUUGUUGUACUCUGAGAACAAUUAAAACUGUCCAGAGGUAAUUCAUAUUACCUUUAAAAUUAUUACUCAAGAUCCUUUGGGAGAAAAUCUUGUAAAAAAGAGGAACAAUGUGUUAUUUAAGGUUAUUUUUAAAUGCCAGUUAAACUUCCUUGAGAAAAGAUAAUAGAAGACAUAAACAUAAUUUUAUAGUUUUAAUUUAAACAUCAUUAACAGCAUUAAAAUAAAACACUAAAUGCUUUUGAGGUACAGUCUGCUCACCUAUCUGGUUCUCAACUAUGCCUAGAAAGCAAUGUCUGAAAUGGGCUUUUAGCAUUUUAAAAACUGACAGCAUUUUAUAAUUACACAGUGUACAGAAAUUUUUAACUGAAGUCAAUCACUAAAAAAAUUAGAGGGCAGGGUAUAUUCACACAAUUAAGCUGAAGAAAGCACUAAUUUUUUUCUGUAGUUUAAAGUAUAUAUAUAUAUAUUUUAGAUUAAAAAUUUUAAGAGUGUAAAUAUAUUUUGCUAUUACUGUAUGUGUAUGUGACUGCUCAAGCACUUUGUAAGGAAAUUAGAAUAUUUAGAAUGGUACACUAUACAUUCAAAUGAAAUGUGCCUGUUUGUCAUUCUAGGAAGUGUUUUUUGCAGUCAUAAAUUACCACAAAUGCACAAAUUAAAGUUUAAAUAGACUGAAAUUUGUAA